UGGAAGAAAACGAACCUCUGUUGUUUCCAUGGAAUACCUUCGUUGAUCAAACUAUUUCGCUGAGGUUGCUUCUUUUUUUUACCCGAAUACGUUAUCGAACGGAGUUGCAAACAAAAAUAUUUCAGGUUGCUUUUUUAUGACUGGCAUACGUUAUCAAGCGGAGUUGCAGAACUGAAAAUGGACCAAAACCCGGUGCCUUUUUUAAUUAAUGCUGCCCUGAACAUUCCAUUUUGUUUAGUUGCCGUUGCGGGAAAUUCGCUGGUUUUAGCUUCGUUUGCUAAGAACCGCUCACUCAUUUCACCGUCUAAUGUUAUUUUAAUCGGACUGGCGGUCUCUGAUCUUUGUGUGGGCGUAAUCGUCCAACCUUUGUACAUCGUGUGGAGAUUCAACCAAUUUUUCUCCAGGGACAACUGGGGAAAAGGAAUUCUCGAUUCACUUACACUGUUUUUAUCGUGUGCUCUGUGUUCUUUCUCAUUUUUGACCGUCACCACCCUCAGUGUCGACAGAUACUUAGCUUUGCGUCUUCAUCUACGUUACAGAGAACUUAUAACUGUUCGUCGUGUCUCCUAUUUUCUUGGUUUUGCUUGCAUGUCUGCGUUUUCCCUCUGCACAAUGACCGUAUUUCUACCUGCACACGAUGAAUACAUUGCCUCUGUCAUGGCGCUCGCUUUCUUCGUGAUAAAUACUGUAAUCUACUUCAAGAUUUAUUGCGUGGUACGCAGGCAUAGGAGGGAGAUAACAGAACAACAACGACACCAACCAGAACAACUACACACAAGCAGAAUUCCUGUCACAAGAUUUGCAAACAUUUUACGAUUGCGGAAUUCAUUUCUCGACACGUUUUAUGUGUACUUGAUUUUUUUGUGCUGUUAUAUUCCAUAUAUCUCCAUAGCAAUUAUAUUUCCCGAGUUCAAAACAAACUCUUCGCUUGUUAUUGCAUUCGAGAUUUCUUGGAGUUUGGUUUUCAUAAACUCCUCGCUGAAUCCUUUGCUAUAUUCAUGGCGGAUCAAGGGGGUUCGCGCAACGAUGAAAACAAUUCUACUAGGAUCUUCGAAAAGACAAUCAGCUCCGUCCAUAAGAAGGGAUGCCGGCCAUAGUUUUGCCAUGUACCAUAUAAAUCAUUCUUGUGAAGUUUUGUAAAUCAAUCUCGUCCAGUUAUGUAAGCAAUCUGCUGAGUA